UUCCUACACUAUGAAUCAGACCUACAACUCGCUCACUAACAGGAUUCCGCUAUCUAGGAUUCGGUCCCAGCUAUGGAUUCUUCCUGGUCAAAGGUUCUCGACUGGAGAGGUGUGGGGACCAGUGUUGGGUCCAGUGUCCUCGCUGCCGUCAGACACCUACCCUCCGUCCGAUGGCUGUCCAGCGCCAUGGAAGCCAAGCUCCUCCAGAGGCUGGCAGUCGUACAGUACAUCCUAUCUUUCCUCUUCAUGGGUCCUGCAUGUAUAAUUCUGCUGAUGUACCUGCUCUACACAUCCUGUUGGUGGGUCACAGCUCUGUACUGUCUGUGGUUGGCACACGACUGGAACACACAUAAACAAGCUGGUAGGAGAUCUGAGUGGGUAAGAAACUGGCCCGUGUGGACGUACUUCAAGGACUACUUCCCCAUUCGACUCAUCAAAACACAUGAUUUACCUCCAAACAAGAAUUACAUUUUUGGCUACCACCCACAUGGAAUUUUUUGUUUUGGAGCAUUCUGCAACUUUGCCACUGAGGCCAACAUGUUUUCCGAAAAAUAUCCCGGGAUAACCCCGUACGUGGCCACUCUGUCUGGAAAUUUCCUCCUGCCUGUAGCCCGCGAGUACUUAAUGUCUGCUGGUGUUUGUCCCGUCACCCACGACACCAUUGACUUCCUCCUCUCUCGGAACGGCACAGGAAACGCGGUCAUCAUCGCUGUGGGAGGUGCCGCGGAAUCCCUCAACAGCAGUCCAGGGGAGAACCACAUCACCCUGAGGAACCGUAAGGGUUUUGUGCGGAAGGCCCUGAAGCACGGGGCGGCCUUGGUGCCAGUCUUCUCCUUCGGCGAGAAUGAGACGUACCAGCAGGUGAUGUUUGCGGACGGCUCCGUGUGCCAGCGUGUCCAGAAGCGUCUGCAGAAGGCCCUGGGCUUCGCGCUCUGUCUGAUCCGAGGCUGCAGGCUGCUCUCCGCAGACCCCUGGGGACUCAUGCCCUUCCCCAAAGCUAUCACCUCCGUGGUGGGAGAGCCCAUCAGUGUCCCGCAGGUCAGCGAGCCCAGUGCCGAGGAGGUGGACCGGUACCAUGCCCUCUACAUGGCCGCUGUGCAACACCUGUUUGAGAAGGAGAAGACCCGCUUCGGCCUGAAAAAGAGAGACAAGUUGCACAUACAUUAACAAUCUGCCGACCAGCGCCCCAGCAUCACCGCUCAGACCGACCUUUGACCCCAGACUGGUGUCCAGUGGGACCAUUUACCUCUAAGUAGCCUUCAUCUGUACGACAAGGGAGGACAGCACAAUAGCUACUAAACCUUUAUCCCUUCUGCACCAUUGUUCUGCUAACUGUAGCCUGUUCAACAGAACAAUGACAUCUGUUCAUAUCAUUGUAAUAUAGAAACAUUGUUUAUUGGUGUCAUGGUUAAAUUUUUCUGAAGUGCUUAAAUGUUUCUUUUGUAAAUAAAGUAUCUCUCAGACUGC